GUCUGCCCCGUGGGCCACUACUGCGAGGAGGGCUCCAUCGCCCCGACGCAGUGCCCGCCGGGCACGGCGUCGAACGCGCGCGGGUUGCACGCGGAGUCGGAGUGCGCGGCGUGCCCGGGCGGGUUUAUUUGCCCCGAGAGCGGCAUGUGCGCCGAGUGCCUCCCGGGCUACGUCUGCCUCGGGGAGACGCGGUCCGCGACGCCGUCGGACCGCUGGCUCGACAGGGGCUACGAGUGCCCCGCGGGGAGCUACUGCCCCUCCGGGUCC